CAAACUUCUCUUCUUCUCUCUCUACCUAGCUAGCCCUCUAGUUCUUUCUUUCUUUCUUUCUAUCUAUCUCUUUCUUUUUCUUCUUCUUCUUCUUUAUUUUCAGUCUGAAAUGGCUGAUGAUACCGGAACAAAGAGAUCAUGUAACGUACCCGAGAAAACCAAAUUGCAUAUGGCCAUGUUGGCCUUGCAAUUUGGUUAUGCUGGAUUUCACGUAGUUUCUAGGUUUGCCCUUAAUAUGGGCAUAAGCAAAAUUGUGUUCCCUGUUUAUAGGAACAUUAUUGCUUUGAUUCUACUAGUACCCUUUGCCUAUUUCCUUGAAAAGAAGGAUAGACCUGCUCUAACUGCCUCCCUACUUCUUCAGUUUUUCUUUCUUGCACUUAUUGGAAUUACUGCUAACCAAGGAUUCUACUUGUUGGGUUUGGAUCAUACUUCACCAACAUUUGCGUCGGCUAUACAAAACUCUGUACCAGCCUUAACCUUUCUCAUGGCUGUUGCUCUCAGGAUAGAACAAGUUCGGCUAAACCGUAAAGACGGUGUCGCCAAAGUGUUAGGAACGGUAUCUUGUGUAGCCGGAGCCAUGGUCAUAACUUUAUACAAAGGUCCAACCCUUUUUGGGCCAGCACCAAUACACCAGCAAACACCAGUACUACUAACACUUGGAGAUGCCAACGGGAAGAACUGGACCUUGGGUUGUAUUUACCUUAUUGGUCAUUGUCUUUCUUGGUCUGCUUGGUUAGUUUUACAAUCUCCAAUCCUCAAGAAAUACCCUGCUCGUCUAUCCGUUACUUCCUACACAUGUUUUUUCGGUGUCGUUCAAUUUCUUGCCAUCGCUGCAUUUUUCGAGAGGAAUGCUCAAGCUUGGCUUGUCCAUACCAAGGGUGAACUGUUCAGUGUAUUUUACGCGGGGUUCGUGGCAUCCGGGAUCGCGUUCGCUGUUCAGAUAUGGUGCAUAGACAGGGGAGGCCCGGUGUUCGUGGCUGUGUAUCAGCCUGUUCAGACGUUAGUUGUCGCUAUUAUGGCUUCCAUCGCUCUGGGUGAACAGUUUUACUUAGGAGGGAUUAUUGGUGCCGUAUUGAUCAUAACUGGACUGUACUUGGUUCUGUGGGGAAAGAGUGCAGAACAGAAGUUCAUCAAACGAACGGAGACCAUUCCAUCAACAAAUGGGGAGCAUGGAGACAACAGGACAGCAAACCGAACCAAAUCAUCACUUGCGCAGCCACUACUAAAUUCAACUGCUGAAAAUGUAUGAGUUUUCAAGGGCAAAAAUGUCCUUAAACUUUGAUACACUAUAUAUAUAUAUAAUAAUAACUAAUUGUAAAACAAAGAGAGAGUUCCGUGUGUAAUAUGCAAGAUUACGAUUUAUUAUAUACAAAACUAGUCGUAAAAAUUCAAGGU